GUCACUGCACAGGGCCAAGAAAAGUUUGAUUAAUCUAGAGAUCAAACACCAGUUCUGAGUGAGGAGUUAAACGCACAGUGAAAUGCUGCUGCUGCUGCUGCCACUCCUAGUCCUGGCAGAUCUCCUCCCAGGUGGUGACAAUAAGGACGCCCUCCAGGGACCGACAUCUUACCAUGUCAUCCAGAUCUCAUCCUUUAUAAACAGCAACCAGACGCAAACUGAAGGCUCAGGCUGGAUGGAAGAUUUGCAGAUUCAUAGAUGGGACAGUGAUAAUGAAACUGCCGUAUUCCUGACACCCUGGGCUAAGGGAAACUUCAGUGAUGAGGAGAUUUCUGAGCUGAUAGAGCUGUUCCAGGUCUACUUGUUUGGAUUCACUCAAGAAAUACAGCUCCGUGUUACUGAAUUCCAGAUACACUAUCCCUUUGAGAUACAGGGCAUAGCAGGCUGUGUGUUACACGCUGGAGGUGGCGUUGAAAGCUUCUUGAGGGGAGCUUUCCAAGGAAAGAAUUUCCUGAGUGUCAAAAAUUAUGCAUGUUUGCCUGAUCCAGAAGGUGGGAUCACAGCAGAGACAAUAUGUGCACUAGCUUCCGAGUAUAAAGGACUCUGUGAAAUUGGGGAGAAGCUGCUCUAUCAAACCUGUCCACGGUAUCUCCUGGGUGUCCUUGAUGCAGGGAAGGCCGACUUGCAGAGGCAAGUGAAACCCAAGGCCUGGUUGUCCAGUGGCCCCAGUCCUGGGCCUGGCCGUCUUCUGCUGAUAUGCCACGUGUCUGGGUUCUACCCAAAGGCUGUGUGGGUGAUGUGGAUGCGGGGUGAAGAGGAGAAGGUGGAUCAGCAACAUGAAAUCCUUCCUUUUGCUGAUGGGACGUGGUAUCUGCGAGUGACCCUGGAUGUUCCUGCUGAGGAAGCAACAGGCCUGUCUUGUCGGGUGAAGCACAGCAGUCUAGGAAACCGAGACAUCAUCCUGUUCUGGGGACAUUCUGUCCCCAUUGGUUUGAUAUUUGGGGCAAUAAUAGUGCCCUGUUUAGCCAUUUUGCUGUUCCUGGCCCUAUGGUAUUGGAGGCGCUGGUCAUAUCAGAAUAUCCUGUGA